ACAAGAACUUACAGUGUAAUUUUGUUGUCGUUAUAAUCGUGUGUAAUUAUCAGGUAAUUUACUUGCGCGAAAGACCGUCUGCGCAUGCGCCAGGAAGACGUUGGAAGCGCUUCGCGAUGGCUACCGAUAGUAGUGAACUGUUAGGUCUGGUGGAGGAAUUUGUCUCGGGAAAAGCUGACAGUUCGGCUGCAAAUAUCGCGACAGGUGUCAAGGCUGGACAGUUCUCCAUACUUCAGCUGGUUGACGCACUAGGGUUAAGUUUAACAAGCUCUCAGACUCAGACACGCAGCCGAGGGGUGCAGCUCCUCUCGCAAGUCCUGCAGACAUGCUACAGCGGCCUUUCCGAGAGCGAAGUGAAGGUCCUGGUAACGUUCUACGAGAACCGGCUAAAAGAUCACUAUGCUAUCACGCCACACGUUCUGCACGGACUCACCGCUCUGGCGAAGUGCGCAGUGCUGCCUCCUGGUUCAGCAGUGUCUAUUCUGAAAGCCCUCUUCCAGGAUGUGCACGUACAGUCCAUGAUGUUGACCGAGCGCGCAUGUGUCUACAACAUACUCAUCAGCCUCAUGGACUCAAGAGAAAAGGAGCUGAAGGGUUUGGGUCCAGACUUUGUGUAUGGAUUUGUGCAGGCUGUAGAUGGAGAAAGAGAUCCUCGCAACCUACUGCUGGCCUUCCAGAUAGCCAGAAACAUCAUCCACAGAGGUUAUGACCUCAAUCAGUUUACAGAGGAGCUCUUUGAAGUCACAUCCUGCUAUUUCCCAAUAGACUUCACGCCUCCACCCAAUGACCCUCACGGGAUCAAGCAGGAGGACCUCAUCCUCGCUCUACGGGCAGUUCUAACCGGCACGCCACGAUUCGCAGAGUUCCUGGUACCAUUACUUAUCGAGAAGCUUGACUCAGACGUCCAGAAUGCCAAGGUGGACUCCCUGCAGACGCUGGCUGCUUGUGCACCUGUCUAUGGACACAAAGAGCUGGCCGAGUUCCUCCCAGGGCUCUGGUCCUCCAUACGCAGAGAGGUAUUCCAGACGGCGAGUGAGAGAGUCGAGUCAGCAGGUCUCUCUGCUCUUAGUGCUAUCACGUCCUGCCUGUCUCGCAUUGUGCUCACGUCAGACUCGGGAGAUGCUCUGCAAACAUUCCUAGAGCUCGUCCUCAAAGACUGUCAGCACCAUCUGUGUGAGCCAGAUCUGAAGCUGGUGUGGCCUAGUGCUAAGCUGCUGCAGGCUGCAAGUGGCGCCUCCUACAGGGCAAGCCUCAUAGUGACAGCAGUGGUGCUGCCUGCACUGUUCGAGCAGUACAACUCCAGAACUCAGUGUGCUCAUCGGCGCACUCUGUUGGAGGUGUUGCAGGGCUUCAUCCAGCCCACUGUGAGCAGCCAGCCUGCAGAACAAGAGGACAACGUGCUGUUCCCCUUCCAAAAGUCUCUCUGCAACGUAGUGUUUUCUGCCCUGGCUGAGUCAAAUGCAUCUCUUCAAGUCACAGCUACAAAAGUUCUUGCCACACUGGGCCAGCAAUCUGGCCUGUUACUGGAGACAGAUGUGGAAAUAGCGGUGGAUCACCUGACGAGGCUCGUCGUAGAAGAGGACGACGUACAAGUCAGUUUGGCAGUAAUGGAGUGCGCAGGAUCUCUGGCUCGUCUCCAUCCGGCUGUUUUCGCUCCCCGAAUGGUUCCAAGACUGAAGGAUGAAAUAUUCACAGAACCCAUGGCUGAAGGAGACACCUCCACUCACCCUCAUAGUCGAAGCAAAGCAGCAGCAGCACGAGAGCGCAGUGUGACGGCUCUCGCCUACAUCUCGUCGCAGCUCAGCGUGGUGCAGGAGAGCGCCCAUGUACUACUGCAGGUCUUAUCUGCUGCACAUAAAGGAAGCAGCAGUUUCUCCACAGAGGAGGUGAUUUCAGUGUGUCGCAGUCUGCAGAGGAUAGCCGAGCAUGCUCAGCACACAGUGGAAAUUGGUGACUUUUUCCACAAAGUUGUCAUUCCACGAUUACUGGGUCUGUCCCUGCAUGCAGCUCUGCAGAGUCAGAAGUGCUCGGGUCACACUAGUCCCCUCACAGAAGAGGCCAUACUGUCUGCUAUAGUUCCUGUCAUAAGCACUGCUUGUGCAGCACUACAGCCAGUACCCGCUACUCAAAUGGCUGCGCAGGUCGUUUCCCUUUUCUUAGAUGGAGAUGUAUCGUGCCUGCCAGAAAACGCCUACCCGUCCCAGAUUCAGCUGCUCGAGAGCCAGUCAGACUGUUGGUCCCAGUCACAGCUGGUGUGUUUGCUCAUGGCCUCUGUGUGUUCCCUUUCACAACAGGUGGACAUUCCUGAUUUUGACAGGCUUCUAGUCCAGUUGGAGGAGCUGAUUUUUACAUGUCCACACGCGUUCUCCUACACAUCCGCAGCUAAGUGUUAUGCCGGCCUGAUCAACAAAAGAGCAGCAGGCCAAGCCCUGGAUGCUGUUCUGGAGAAGACCUUGAAAAGAAUAAGUGCAACGUUAAACUGUGAAUCCUCGGCACAGCGAGUUCAAGCCUUCACUUUACUGAUCUGGGUGGUCAAGGCUUUGCUUCUGCGCUACCAUCCUCUGUUAGUGAACUUAACUGACAAGCUCUUCUGCCUUCUGAGUGAUGAUCAGUUAGGUUCUCAGGCAGCAGACAGUUUCUCGCUACUUAUGAGUGAUUCUCCAGAUGUGCUGAACCGCAGCUGCCAUGCCAAUGUGCGCAUUAUGUACCGCCAGCGAUUCUUUACGGAGAACUCUGCUAAACUUGUUCAGGGCUUCAACUGUGCAGAGCAAGAGAAGAGGUCUGUAUUUCUGAAGGCCUUGUCACACAUCGUCAAUAAUCUGCCCAGACAAGUGCAACUCUCAGAGCUUCCUGCUUUGCUGCCCCUGCUUUUAGAAGCAUUGUCGUGUCCCGAUGAGGCGGUGCAGCUCUCCACUCUCUCCUGCCUUCAGCCACUGCUCAUGGAACCUCCACCCGCUCUCACCACACAGCUGGAGGCUCUUUUCACCCGUCUGCUCGCUCUAACCACCAGCCCUGCUAUGAAAGUGAGGAAAAGCGCCUUGUGCUGCGUCCACGCCCUGUCUCGCCUCCCUAGUCACAUGGUGUUGCCUUUCCGUGCCAGGGUGCUGCGCACUCUUGCUAAGCCACUAGAUGACAAGAAGAGACUGGUGAGGAAGGAGGCGGUAGCAGCCCGUAGUGAAUGGUUUUUGUUAGGGAGUCCAGGAGGAAGGUGAAGUAGAGAGCACUGCUGUCCAUCACCCACAGCCUCUUCUACACACUUCUAGUCAUUCUGUCGUACCGCAUCGCUCUACUUACACACAGCAGGAGUGAAUGAAGUUAGCCUGUUUCAUCUAGGCAUAAGGAACACUCGAAGAAGAAUGUACUCAAGUAAUGCACUGAGGUAGAUGGAGCUCACUCCUGCCACAUUUUCUUCCUGAACCUGAGCAGGUGAUGCAGCAAGUCUGACAUGAUUUCUGGUACUUAAAAGUAAACAUGGUUUACAGAAUGUUUUUAGUCCUCGCCAGUUUCCAUUCUAUGAACAAAUAGUCAUGUAGGCUGCUUUUCUGCUUUCUCACACAUAUCCCAGUCUUGCCAUGAAGCAAAGGGAUGCAAACUAUAUGUUCAGUAUGUGAACAUGGUGGUUGAAUUGAUAUUUUACUGACAUUGUUUAUUUAGUAAUCAAAAAGUGUUUAUUUAGAAAAAAAGAGAGAGAGAGAGAUUCCAUGUAUUAUGCUGCUUUCACAUUAGGCAUGUUUUUUCCUCAUAAAAAGAUCUGACCCCUUUUUUUUUUUUUUUUAAUCUCCCUCAACACACACUGUACCCCUAACAACACACUUACCAGUCCAAACUAGUAACAUUUAACUAACUAGUUUAGCUUGUAUUCUAGAAUAGAUUUAUUAUUAUCAGUUAAUAAAGAUUGUUUAACUUUGGUGAUGAGAAGGUUGUCUGCCUUCACUGUAGCUUGGAGGCAACAAAUCAAGAGAAGUGGCUCUGCGUGUGCAGGUUGACUGUAUGCAACCAUAGUAAAAGUAGGACCACGGUGUUUUACUGGUGAAUGUCCCAAAACCAGACAAAUUGUUAUUUAUACCAAUAUUGCAACAUUGGAGUAAUUCUGGUUCAACAUGGGGGAUGGGCAGGCUUCAAGGUCUAUGGUUUGGUCCUGAUCGCAGUUUACUGGCGGUGUGGAGUUUGACCUGCUCUUUCCAUGUCCAUGUGGGUUCCUUUGGACGUUGAGGAGAAAUGCACAAUGCACCAUGCUAGACUGGUGUCCAGUUACUGCAUGUAUUCCCACCUCAUGCACAGUGUUUCUGGAAUACACUCUGUAUCCAUGAUGAUCCUGCCCUGGAUAAAGUGCUCACUAAAGAUGAUUCGAGUUAAUGAAUGACCUACAUUUCCAUAGGUUCGUUUACUAAAAAGAUUGGCCCUUUGUCCUCUAUGAUGGUUUGUUGCAUCCCCCCCCCAAUUUUCUUGACUGGUAAAAACAAACAAAAAAAAGAAGACAUGGUUGAUAUCACUUGACACCAGAAAAUUGACCUAAAAAAAAAUCACAGCGUCUUUUAAAAGUAUCGCAUUCACACUUUCCAUCACACUUUCCGUUGAGUUACAUGUAAAAUAUGCACUGGUGGUUGAGAAAAAAACAUAACCAAGUGUAAAAGCAGCCUAAAUGACUUUUUUCAUCUGUAUUUUCCGUUUUCCAAGAUGUUCUCAAAGCCACAGGGUUGAUUUGUUGUUCGUUUCAUUUCACUGGAAAGACCCAACACUGAAGCCUCACAAGAAAACUUAUGCCAAGGAUCAAGUAGACAAUAUUUAAACAUCAAUCAAACUCUUUGUAAAUGUGUAAAAUGGAAUUAAACCCCAUUAUUAUACUGUCAUAAA